AUAUAUAUAUGUGUCUAAAUCUCGAAACGAAAAACAUCGGCAGAUGGCUCGAGAUCUAUGUUGAUGAUUAAUAAUCCCCAGUCUCAAGAAAUUGCCGAUGGUAAGAACGGCGAGAAAACGCGGAAAAACAGCGGCAGCGAGUAGCAGCGUAAGUGCGAGCGAAAAACAACGAGCGAUCGGACCCGACGAUCGGGCCGACCGACCGACCGAGAUCGACUCGGAUUGUUAAUCGAAUUUGUUGCUUGCGAGAAGGAGAGGGCCGUCCGUGCAUCGAGGUAGUACAGCCGCGAGAGAAACAUGGCGUUUGUUUCUCACGUUGUUGUAACGCGAUCAAGUGUCGCUGCCUGCUAGAGACUCGAUCGCCGUCACGCUCCGACAAAAUUUGCGGGUUCGAGACGGACGGGGACAGUCCUGUCCUGUGGAUCGAUCUCGUCGCGACACCCUCGCCGAGGGUGCGCUCGACGCCAGCGCGUCACGCCGGACUCGAGCAUGAGGAUAGAUUGCACCAUCCGUGUCCCCUGAGAUGCCGAAAGGAAUCCCCGAGACAAGCGCACAAUGACGUCCCGCAGUUACACCAAGUCCUACAGUCGUAAGGUCAGCAGUGUAACGGCCGGCAGUAUUCAAUUCGAUAAGCUCUUUCGCGAGAACAGCAAUCGGCCGUCCGCUGCCAAGUCAGCUGGCACUGUUGGCAAAUGGGGUGUAACAUCCUUCACAUCUAUCAGGAGUACGAAUAUCAAUGGGAGACGAGAUGAUAUACAUAAUACAUUCGGCGCGAAAAGAAUGAAACUUGAUUAUGGAAAUCAGAAUCGUGUAAAUUCUGGAAAGGAUCCAUUCUCUUUUGAGACUGAUCCGGAUAACAAACCGGACGCUUCUCCGGCGGUUGUAAAGCCGAAAAAAUUCUUCAAAAGCAGAAAUGUCCCGCCUGUGGUAGAGGAAUCUCGCCAGGAUGUGGCAAUUUACAGACAAGUACCUGAUUCGCAAUAUGGUAGGGCUCGUAUCCCGAAGCAGCCUGCACAGCAGCCAACGCAGAAGCAGCAACAGCAGGCUAUAACGAAAGUAUCACAUGCUCCAAUUAAGAAAGUAGUAGAAAGUUUAGAUAGUACCAGUACUCAUGAUAUCCCUAAUCGAGAGGAGAGUAAACCUCCAAUUGUAUUAAGAAUAUGUAAAGGUACAGCACAAUUGGUUUGCGGAGACGUGCAUCAGGAUACUCAAGAGCUGGAGCCCGAUACCUACAGGAUUUCCACCCCCGUCACUAGUCCAUCUAAAGUGGACAUUGAACGUAAGACUCUCAAUACCGAGACAUCGCUCAAAUCCGAUCAUAGAUCUCUGCGUACGCAUCAACCUACCGUUUCGACCGUAUCGAUUCCCUUAGAGAACUCGGAUAUGAGGAGGACCACACGUAGUCGCGCGAAAAAUUUGCACUUAGACCUAACGGCGACGAGUUCCACUGUGGCACCGUCGACAACACCGAUAACUCCUAAUUCGCACGGUUCUGGUCUCUCUUUAACGCUGAGAAAAUCCGUGACGGACUCCAAUAACACACUCAUAUCUCAUUAUGAUAUCGUUAAGACUGACUGCAACUCAACAUAUUCCUCCAAACCAGUGAUUGAACCGUUGAUCGGACGCGAUCAACCGCUACCAACCACCACUCAGGAACUAAUCGAUAUACUCUCGAGCGAUUCCGAUACGAGACCAGCAUCAGCACCAUCACCGCCGCUGCCACCUCCAUCAUCGUCAUCGUCAUCGUUACCGCCUCCACCAUCAUUAUCGUCACCAUCACCAUCAGUGAUUCCCAAUGAUAAUGAGAAUGCAGAAAAUAUAACUGCAGAAACAUCAGAAAGUGUUGAGAGCCAUGUUCAACACUGCUCCAUUGAUAUCCUGACCAAUGAAAUUGUGGUACCUGUUGUGCAGCCUGAACCCGUUGUGAUAACGCAACAACCCGAACCGGAGACAGAACUCGAUCCUGAAUCACCUGAACCGGAACCACCGGCUCAAAUCGGAACGAAUGACAUCGUAACUAUCGAAACUACUGUCGCUGCCACCACAGCCGCCAAGACUUUGGUAGAUCAGGAUUGGUUUUCGGGCAGUGACGAUAGUGAAAGUGCUAGUGGAAACGCCGAGAAUGAGAUAGCAUUACAUGUGACAAGUACGGUCUCCGAAUCGCAAGUCUCCGAUCCACCAUCAACGACGGUUCCUACGUUAAUCAAGCCCGCCGCUAAAAAGGGCAGUAUCUUCAAAAGUCGCUCAACGGGCGCGACGGACGGGAAUAAGAGACGAGCAUUGUAUAAGCAUAAAUGGUGCGACAGCGACAAGGAAUCGACUGUUGCGGAUACACCUACCACUGGUAACAGCACGCCGACCACCACGUCCGGCUCCAGCAACGCUGAACCUGUAGCAUACGAGGAAGAGUUCGAUCCCUCGCAAUUAACGAGAGUCGUCACUUAUCCCACAGCUGAUGCAGAUUUUGAGGAUGAAGCCGAUGCAAUCACAAGUAUUCGCUGCGGUAAAAAAGUUAAAGGAUUCUACACUGUAGUAAAGAAUGUAAAGAAAGCUCAUCAGAUACAAGAAAGUGGAGAAUUCCAAGAAUUUAAUGAUGAUGUGGAAUACAUUUUGGAUACUUUGAGAGAAAAUAAUCCAAAUGCUACUCGUUGCCUUUCAGCCAUACGAUUAGCAAGUAAAUGUAUGGCUCCUGCAUUUCGUAUGCACGUGCGCGCUCAUGGAACUGUUGCCAAGUUUUUUAAAGCUCUUCAUGAUGCAACUAAGGAUCAGAGUCUUGGUUUAUGCACAGCAACAGUAAUGUUUGUUUUAAGCCAAGAUCGUCUAGCUAUGGAUCUAGAUCGCGAUUGUUUGGAAUUAAUGUUAAGUUUAUUAGAAUCUGAUGCCAGUCAUAAAGAUGCUCUUGACGACUGUGGUCUCAGUCAUGCUGAAUUAUUAAAAAAUAAAGAGAAAGUGCGUCAGUUAUGUGCUGAUAUACAAGCUCAAGGACAUGCUAAGCACUUAAAUCUAGAUAAUAUCACUGUUGGUCAGCUUGCUAUGGAGACACUUUUAAGUCUUACAUCAAAGCGUGCUGGAGAAUGGUUUAAAGAAGAAUUACGAGAGUUAGGUGGAUUGGAACAUAUUGUAAAGACAAUUCGAGAAUGCCACCGCCAUAUUAACAGCCAGAAUGUCUUAACGUCUGGCUGGACAAAUCCUUUAUUAGAUAAAUUACGUAAAGUUGACAGAUGUUUACGUGUAUUAGAAAAUGUAACACAUAUGAAUGAAGAGAAUCAGGUAUAUUUAUUAAAAUAUGAGGAAGGAGUAUUAGUAAGCACAUUAGCAAGUUUAUAUCAUUUAUGUGGACAAGAGAUUCCUAUUUAUCCAACAACAGAUCCAAGCGAUAAAAGUUCUACUGGUGCUGUUGUUAGAGAAUGUCUCUUUGCGAUUAUUAAAGUUCUCAUUAAUCUUACCCAUCGAUUUAAUAGAGGAUCUUUCGGUAGCAAAUCAGUUGGAGCACAAGUUGGCGUUUUGGAUUGUAGUUUGUUUCUUUUAUUACGUGUGCCUGAAUCACUUCCGGAAGAAAAGCGGUUUGAUAUGAUGAUGCUGGCGUUAAUAUUACUGAUAAAUUUAGUAGAGCAAUGUGAUGAUAAUAAGCAGCUGCUUAUUGAAUCGAAAGCACCUCCAUCAUUAGAAAAUAUUUUUGAUUCGAAGGAAAGCGGCGUAGGAUCCUUAAUCGAUUUGUUUUACAAACAAGAAGAACUUGCGCGUGCCGAGGAACAGAAAACUGAUGCCAUUCUAGAUGGAAAGAAAGAUUCAGAACAAACAGAAACUGUAUCAACUACUACUAAAUCUCAGGAGGAAUUUAUUGAAGAGACCGUCACUAAAUUAUUACAAAAAGCUGGACGACAUAUGGAGCAUACAUUAAUUGGUGCAUACGUAGUGCUUUUACUUGGAUAUUUAAUAAUGGAUAACAAGGAAUAUGAGUCAUUGGUACGAAAUAGACUGCCAGAUAAGAAUUUUGGAACUAUGGUAUCUGUACUUCAAAAGUUCUUCAACUUUAUGAAUAUAACGGUAUCGCAGAACGAAGUAAGCAGUUGUGGAAUUGCUGCUACUGAAAAGGUAAUCAAGUUCCUAAAAAUGUCAGAUGCCAGAAUAGAAGAAGAGAAAAAUGAGUUACCAUUGUCAGCAUUAGAAGACACCAAUACGAUGCUUGACUUAACUUCAUCUUGAUCGAUAUGUUAUAUACACACUUGACAGCAUUUUUUUCACCUGGCGUAUGCAAAGAGCCAAAGUUGUAUUUGUUCAACAGAAAAUUUUUUUUAUUACAAAGCGGAUGGACUUGUUUCAUAUUCAUAUAUUUUGAUACAUAUUUAUUCACUUACAUAAUUUAUUGUUGUAGGUUUCAUUAUUAUUGAUUGGUUUAUUUCUUUAUUUACAAAUUGGAACUUAGGUAUAUUUGUAAGCUUUAAGUAUAAAAUAAUAUAACUUUGUGAAUUAUAUAUAGGGACACACAUCAUUUUUGUAAUUAUAAUUGCAAGGCACUUAUCGCAAUUGUUAUUAAUGACAUAGAGUUACUGUCUAUUCAUGUGUGAUAUCUUUGUGAGAUAUCAUAUAUAUAUAUAUAUAUAUAUUAAUAUAAUUCAAGAUAAUGAAAAGCCAUUUUUUUCUUUAAAGUUAAUAGAUCAUCAAAAAAAAGAACGCGAUAAGCUUCUUGCUGUAAGCUCCUUGCUCCAGCCUACAAUUUAACUUCUGUAUAUCAUCUUAAAAAACAUUGUAUAAUCUACUAAAAUUAUAUCUAUUGUGUUUUUUAAAACCUGUUAAGUAAUUGACAGCAUUAGGACACGAUGUGAUCUGCUGAAAUUCAAUAUAGCAUUAUGUAUAAGUUUAUUUUAAUAUUAAAAUUAUAUUAUAUGAUGUAAGCCUUGUAAAUGUAAAUUUAUAAAUUAUAAUUGUAUCUUA